CCUAUUAUAUCUACCAUACACUGUCGAUUUAGUCAUGGCGACGAAGGCGCUGGUGUUUCUGCUGUUGGUCGGGGUGGCAUCUACAACAUCUACCUCACAUGUGUCCAUCAACUUCGGUGGAGCUAAUGUAAACUACAACAACGACCACGUCGACGGCCCUGCAGAAAGCUACCAUCCCGCUCCAGUCUCAUAUCAUCCAGCCCCAGCUUACCACCCGGAACCCAAGUACCCCGUGCACCACGAGCCUAAGUAUCCCGCACACCCUGCG